AUUAAUGUGUGAAAGAAUCAAUUCUACAAAGAACCCCCACUGCAGUGGAAUAAUAAUAAUAAUAAUAAUGAUAAUUUUAAAAAUACUUUAAGUAUGUCAGUUACCCUUGUAUUAGCUGUUGGAAUGGAUGAGAAUUGCUUCCUUACAUUCUCUGUCCCUUGGAUGUUUUCUGAGAACAGCUGGUUUCAGUAGGUAGAAGAGUACGACUGACUCUUGUGUGCCAGUCCCUGUGCGUGACUUCAGUCCCAAAUAAUGUAGUCUCUUGGAGAGUGUAAAGUGCCCCAUCAUUAUUCAUGGCUCUAGAAGUGGGUUGAACAGUAGUGUAAGGUUCAGAAAAAGAUCCCAUGGGUCAAUGAAAGUAUCAGCCAGAAAUGCCUUGGGCUUAAUGGCCUAGCAAGUAAAACUCUUUGAGGCAGUACAGAAAUAAAAGUACAAAAGCAUGUCAUUUGGUGACACGAGCUGGAGCUGCUGAACUAGCAAGAAUCAGUCUAGAAAGGAGUAAAGUUGUAUGGUAAAUGGCUGGGAUUUGAGCAGAUAUUCAACCAAACUGCAAAUCUCCUGCAUCUUUAAAUAAGCAAAGCGAUACUUAAAAGCGAGAAUAGUAGGGAAAUCAGAGGUGCAAACAGACUCCACUUGAUCUUUUCUUUGCUGGACAUGAAGAUACAGUAUUAGACACCAACAUGUCAGAGAGUGAGGCUCUAGAGCAAACUGAUCCUUUACAUGGCACCGGUGUGCAAGUCACUUACACCAAGAGGGAUUUAAAAGGGGGUUUUGCCUCAAAAUCAUUAAAACGGUUCUGUUUCUGGAGGAGUGUAUAAUAGCAAAUGGUAUAUGUAGGCUUUUAUAAGAAUGCAGACAGAUAUGCAAACUUACAAUAUUGCAUGUAUUCUUUGUAGAUUUCUGUCUGAUACAAUAAAAACAAAACAAGAAGUGGUGCAAGGUCUGGUAAACAUGUAAAUACUUUCUUUAGAAAGGAAAAUCACUUCUCUUAUGCAACUGUGCAGAAGACUAAGCAGCAAUGAUGCUGGAGGUAAACUUGUGUUGUAGCUCAAAGUUUGUCUAAAGCAAAAGUGUAAAUAACAUGAAUCUUUUUGAUGUGGGGGGAAAAAAGCUAACUGCAAGGGGAGUGAGGAAAGGGCUCAGACUUCAGGGCUAGAUCUUGUUCACGUAGUGUAUUUAGGAUGUGAAAAAAGGAGGACAGGAAGGAAAAACUGCAGAUAAUAUUUAAAGAAAAUGCCUAUCUUAGAAAAUGGUGAAUAAAAUCCUCAGUAUCAAAGACAGAAGAAAAGAAAGAAACUUAUUCUCUUGUCAACUGGAGAACUUCAAAUGCUACCAGCCUGCCACACUUCCCACUGUUAUUUUCCGCCUGUAUUAGGCCUUUAGAAACUCGUAGUACUCCUGUCAUUCUCAGCCUCUCCUUAGUCUGAGUUCUUGCUGCCGGAGAGGGAAGGAAUUGCAGGUUAGGUCAAGGGCGUGUAGAAAUGCUGAGCAAAGGCUGGAGCAGCAAGCAGUUCUCAAAAGCCAAGCAGGAUCUCAGCUGUGGGCAUACAUGCAUGUAUUUUUUAGGUAUGAAGUUUAACUUCAAGCCCUAAAAAACAAACAUUGCGGGGGGUUGAUUUUUCAACUUUCACCUGAAGUGUUGUUCUCCUUCUUGGAACUGAUGAGUCAGAAGUGGUACCUCUUGUUCAGCAGUGCUCAUCUGAAGGGAAAGCCUGUUGUAAACUUAGAGAGGCAUGGGCUUGUCGAUGCUUGCUGCUUAAUACGGUGACCAACUCCUAUGAGAUUCGAAGCCGGUUUUUUAAUGGCUGCAAAUGAACUGGAUUGAUUUCUUGGAUUUGGACACAUCGUCCAAAAUGAACAGAAAGUUUGUUCUGCUGUGCAAGGGCUGUGACUUCUCAGGCUGAGCGCUGAGAGCUGCUGUGUGGCAGCUGCAGGAGUAUCUCUUACCACCAUCUUCUGGAAGUCACCUAGAACUACAACCUGUCAGAAGUGCUUGGCAGUGUCUUAGGAUGUGCAAGUAGUAAGUCAAAAUGGGAAGUAUGGAUGUCUUAGUGAAAUGUGUGCUGAUUAAUAUUAUCUUCUCUCUUCAGCCCAUUUGUCAGGCAGCUUUUAAUAACGAUUUCAAUGAAGUUCAGCUCCUUUUGGAGCGCAACAGCAACUAUCUGAACAUCCAGGACAGCUUUGGUGGAGACACCCCCUUAAUUUGUGCAUGUAAACAGGGAAACAACAGGAUAGUUAGCUAUCUUCUAAACAGAAAUGCUGAUGUCAACCUCAGAAACAAGAAGGACCGCACUUGUCUGCAUUAUGCUGUGAGAAAACGGUUUACCUUCCUUGACUAUGUGCUCAUCAUAAUCCUCAUGCCAGUUAUGCUUCUUGGGUAUCUUCUCAUGGUCUCAAAGACUAAACAGAAUGAAAACCUGAUCAAGAUGUUACUUAGAGCUGGAGCUGAUGUUAAUGCUACAGACUUUUCUGGUAGCACAGCCCUUCACUAUGCUUGCAAAAUGAAAAACCAGGCAGUCAUUCCUCUACUGCUUGAAGCUCACGCAGACACUUCUGUAAAGAAUCAGGAUGGGGAGACUCCCUUAGAUAUAGCAAGAAGAUUGCAGUUCCACAACAUUGAAAGCAUGCUAAAGAAAAGUUCGUAGUCAUCAAGGACUCUUGAACAUGCAGAAAAUUACCUCAUUUGGCAAUCCACCUUGCACAGCAGCGGGAGUCCUGCAGAGCGUUGGGGGCUGUUACUUGAUAAAGAGUUGGUCCAAAUCCACCCAUGCCUUGCUGCAGACUUCGACUAUUUUGUGUGAGACUUGUCAGUACCCCCAAGGCCACGUGGGCUGAAAGGAGUUAAUUUGAUUUUACUAAGCCGUGAAUGAUUACAAUAGUGUUCAAAAUAUUGCUCUUCUCAUCUGCUUCCUCUGGUUUAUUACUUGACUUGCACAGACUGGAUUUUGAAAGCUAGCUAUAACAUUUCUGGAAGUCUAAACAUUGCACAUGAUGGUUGGCAACCAAAUGCAAAAAUAAAAUUUCCUUUAGAGUGUGCGUUACUUGUCCCAGAGGGGAUACACCUGACAACUGAACAUUAUGCCACAGCAGUUUAUACAAAGUCUAGUACCCUUCCUCUUAGUAUUUCUAUUCCUACAACAGGAGUGACCGGGAAAACAGAUCUCUCAGCUUAGCACUUCCUCCUUCCAUCCCUGCUACAAGUUUCACACACCUUAUUCUCAGUAUGUUGCUACAAGGGAAGGAUUAUCUUCUGGUUUUUUUUCAUAUAAGAAACAGCAAAAAGAGAUUCAAUGAGUUGCUGGAGACCACAAAGAAAGCCAGUUCCUGGGUUGCUUUAUUGCAUUAAGAAAUAAUAAUGAAAAUAUGUUUGGCGUGGUACAGAAACAAGUCCCUUGACUACAUUUCCAAUAUAGCAGUGUACUAAAGAAAAAAAAAAUCAAUAAAUGAAAUGCUGUUGAUGGGAACCAGAUGCAUCCUUCCCAUGGGACUGGACAGGUUACCAUGGUUUUCAGAGUGGUGCAUGCAGCAGGGGAUGCAUAUACCAAAACAAUAAUAAAUUCAUGAGUCUUCUCUUGUAUAGGUGAAGGUAGAAGAAAACCUGCAGUGGUAAGCAAUGUAUUAAUGUGGCCUGGCGCUUUGUGAUUUAAUAAUGCAGGAAUAAAGGGUAAUCUCCUUUCAAA